CUGCACACUGCAUCACAUCCGGAUGUGACACUUGCCAUUGGACGACACCACGCGUCGUGGUUUCUCGUGUCGAUCGCCCAACCUCAGCUGCCCGCCCACCCACUCUUUUGCCUGAAUUUUGUCUCGCCGCAUCUUGGCUCGUCACCGCCUGCAGUAUCUCAAUCUACGUCAUGCUUCGUGUACCAUGGCGUCCCGGGAGGGCCCUCCCUCAUGGAGCUUCUCCGUCUGCGCGACGCGGAUGGUCAGGCCGUGCUGAAACUGACGGGAGAUUCUGCGGGCACGAAACCCAUAGUCGAGGCCCUCGUGCCCGCUGAAGGCAUGCUCCAUGCAUGCGCACACUGCGGCGUCUGGGAGUCGUGUGUGGGACAGCGGUUCGUCGCCUGCGAUGCUUGUCGAGCGCGUUAUUACUGCUCAGACGUAUGUCGCAAUGAAGAUCUGCAAGAGAACUUGCACGGUGCGGACUGUCUGCUGCUCCAAAAAGGCCGAGAUCUCGAGGUGGAACAGCGCCGCAAGACGCACGAUAAUGUGUGGAACUGGAAGAACAAAAAGAAUCUCGCUGUAGUAACAUUCAAGUUGGCACCCUCCGUACAUCCAGUGGUGGAGAGCGAACAUGUCUUACGAGACAGUAUAUCGCGCCGCUUGUCGUCUCCGUACUGCGAAUGCCACGCUUCUGCUGUAUGAAGCAUGGGGGUUGCCGGGCGUCCUGGCUGAAGAGGCAGCAUAUGGUGGAUGGAGGACAGGACUUGUACAUCACGCUUUCCGAGAACAUACAUAUGCGAGUCCACGUCAUUUGCUGGGGUCGAACGUGUUUGGAUUACUUCGUACCUGUUCUGUUUUGUCGUCUUCCUCUACGCGGGUCAUAUACUGCGCCGACCUCUGCGUCCUCAUGUG